AGAGAGAAGCAAAUUGUUUGCGAUUACAGGAAAGGCUCAGCUCACACUUGAAGAGAGUGAGACACUGAUGUCUCCCACGAGGGAAAGAGCCUCCACGGAAGCCGAGCUGGAGCGUCGCCUCGCCAUCUUUAAGGCGUCCCAGCAGCAGCUACAAGACAUGGAGAGCUUAAUCUCAGCACAUCUUCCAGAACUUACGAAUGCCUACAAGGAUGCAAAUGUGUUUGAGAGAUUAUUUCUGGAUGAUCAGUUAAAAACUCUCAAAACAAGGACCAGCAGGACACAGAGAUUCCUUCAGAAUAACUGUAACGAACUCAAGCACAAGAUCAAGUCUUACAGAGAAUUCCAUGAAAAAUCAGUGGCGCUUCAGAAAGCGGUCGAGAGCAUCCAGCCCAGCGGACUUCUCCCGCUCCAUCAAGAGCUGAAGCAGGAUGUCAAAGAGCAACUCGGUAGUCUUAGAGACAAGCUGGCUGCUAUUCAAGGCAGCAUCUCACAAGUGUUGACAUCUGGAGAAGUGUUUGACUCUAUAGGGCUAAGUUUGGAUAGUUCACUUCUUGAACGGUUACAAACCCAAGUGCUUGAAAGAGAGAGGGAAGUGGAAGAAAAAAUUAAACAACUGGACACAUUUUUAAUAGCACGGGACAGAUACCAAGCAUCCGUAAGUAAGAUAAGGGCUGUGGAUUUGCAAAUUAAGACAGGGGCUGAAUCACUGCUGAAAGUCCCCAAUCCGUCACCAGAAAGCACCCUGCUCAACGCACACACUUUGAUUCAGAAAAUUGAAAAAUCCAAACGCUUGCAUGGUGAGAUCAUCAGGAAAUUAAGCAAAAACAAGGCUCUUGACGACUCGUUCAAAGAGAGCGAGAUGCGGCAACUAAAGCUAAAUGCAGAAGAGAAUUCUAGGCUUCAAGAGGCUCUCCAGAACAUGCUGCUAGAAUUGCAACCAAAAGAAGUGGGUGAAAAGGCAUUCCAGGAUAAACUAGAAAACGCCCUACAUGUUUUAGAGCAAGUAAAGUCUCGGUUACAGCAGCCUUUAUGUAUAAAUUUGGGGGCUCAACAUAUUCAACAGGAGAUAGAGACUUGGGGAGCAUUUGGCGAGCAAGUUGAGGCAGAAAUGUGUGGUCUUAAAGCCGUGAGGGUUACUGGGGAGCAAAGAGAAGAAAACGCUUCUGGAUCCGGUGGCAUGGAGGCAAAAUUACAGGACAUUGAAAGUCUUCACAUGGAGCUUAGCGAAAGCAUUGAUUUACGCACAAAUGUCCUGGACGAUGCCUAUGAAAGUGCAACCCGCUAUGGCGAGUUAGUCACCAGCGCAGUGAGGAUCAUCACGUCCCUGGAAGCCAUGCUUUUAUCAUACAGAGUAGACCUUCACAAUCCCAAAAAGUCCCUGGAGCUGGCGCGCCGUAAACACGAGGAAUUGCAAUCGGUAGCAGCUGAUUUACAGAGCCUUAGCGAGACAUUGGGGGCUAUCUCCAGCCCUGAGGCCAAAGAGCAACUCCACUGUACUUUACAAGCACUAGUGGCUUACAAUUCAGCUCUGAAGGCAGGGCUGGAAUCCCAGGAAGCUGAGGAAGAAAGGUGCCUGGAGAAUUACAAAUGCUAUAGAAAAAUGAAAGAAGAAAUUUGCUCUCGGCUCAGGAAAAUGGAGACAGAUCUUGGACAGUCCGUAGCCCCAUUGCCCAGGUCUUACAAAGAAGCUUUAGCCCGCCUGGAACAGAGCAAGGCGCUAACAUCAAAUCUCCUGUCAACCAAAGAAGACCUAGUGAAACUCCGUCAGGUCCUCAGACACCUGAGCUGCAGGUGCACAGAGAACGACGCAGUGCGUGUGCUUGGAGUGGCCUCUGCUCUGUGGGAGAAAUGGCUGAGUUUGCUGGACACCGCCAGAGAGUGGCAGCAGUGGAGUGGAGAACUGAAGAGAGAGUGGAAGUUCAUCAGUGAGGAGAUUGAACGAGAAGCAAUAAUUCUAGAGAAUCUUCAGGAGGACCUCCCAGAAAUUUCCAAAACAAAGGACGCAGCUCCCACAGAGGAACUCUGCCAGCUGUUGGACUCUCUAAGCCAACACGAGGAGAGCGUGGAGAAGCAGCAGCUGCUGCUGGCCCUGCUUCUACAGCGUGUAAGGAGUAUCCAGAACAUUCCCGAAGGCACUGAGGCUGUGGAAACCAUCCCGGCACUUCAGGAGAUUAGGUCUAUGCAAGAACGGUGCAACAGGCUUCUUCAGACAGCUCAAAAGAAUAAGGACCUGGUCCAGACCGAGAUCCAGACACGGCAUUCUUUCAUAAAGGAAAUAAAAGAUGUGAAGCGUUUAUUUGAACAUAUCUCAACUUCUCUCCCAAACUUGGCAUUGGAAGGCCAUCCAGAAAGAGCAGAACAGUUUGAGGAGCUGCGGAGCAUUCUUCAGAAAGGCAAGCUGACUUUCGAGAGCAUUAUGGAAAAACUGCGCAUCAAGUAUUCUGAGAUGUAUAGCAUAGUCCCUGCAGAGAUCGAAUCCCAGGUGGAAGAAUGCAGGAGAGCCCUAGGAGAUGCCGACGAGAAGAUGAGCAGUGAAGUCUCAAAGAGCUCACCGUCGAGUGUCAUGAGGAGGAAAAUAGAGAGAAUUAACAACGGGCUUCGUUGCAUUGAAAAAAUGCUGCAACAGAAGAGCAGAAACAUUGAGGAGGCUCAUGAAAUCCAAAAGAAAAUAUGGGACGAGCUGGACCUCUGGCAUUCCAAGCUGAGUGAGCUGGACUCUGAAGUUCAGGACUUGGUUGAGCAGGACCCAGGACAGGCCCAAGAGUGGAUGGAUAACCUGAUGGCUCCUUUCCAGCAGCAUCAGCAAGUAUCCCAGAGAGCAGAAUCCAGAACUUCGCAGCUCAACAAGGCCACAAUAAAGAUGGAAGAAUACAGUGACCUUCUGAAGAGUACAAAGGCCUGGAUAGAAAAGACCAGUCGUUUGCUGACCAAUCCUGCCUGCUAUGACUCUUCAAGGACCCUGAGCCACCGUGCCAGCACCCUUCAGAUGGCUCUGGAAGAUUCUGAGCAGAAACACAGCCUUCUACAUUCAAUUUUCACCGAUCUAGAAGAUCUGUCAAUCAUUUUUGAAACAGAUGACUUAAUCCAGACCAUCCACGAGUUAAGUGACCAGGUGGCAGCUUUACAACAACAGAUAGUGGAGGCCCUCCCACACGUCCAGCAGGUGGCAGAUGAUGUGGUUGCGAUCGAGUCUGAAGUCAAAUCAAUGGAGAAAAAGGUUGCAAAGAUCAAAGCUAUCCUGUUAUCCAAAGAAAUAUUUGAUUUUCCACCCGAAGAACAUCUCAAGCAUGGGGAGGUCAUACUUGAAAACAUCCAUCCCAUGAAAAAGACCAUUGCUGAGAUAAUGACUUACCAAGUGGAACUGAGGCUACCCCAAACAGGAACCAACCCCCUGCCUGUAUUUCAGAGGACAAGCCAGCUUUUACAGGAUGUGAAACUCUUGGAAAAUGUGACUCAGGAACAAAAUGAGUUACUGAAGGUUGUCAUAAAGCAGACCGCUGAAUGUGAUGAAGAAAUAGACCGUCUGCAGCAAAUCUUAACUAACUACUCAGCCAAGUUCUCCCCUGAGCAUAUGUCACAGGACCAGAUGGCCGACAUGCCGUCAUUACAGGAUGGACACAGGAGAACAGAACCGCCGUCUAUAUCCUGGUCUCUUCUGGAGAGGCACAGCAAGGAUCUGGAGGGGGAUGGGGCGUCCUCCUCCUCUGCCACCAUUGUGCAGGACACAGAUGGGAGAAUUAGCACCUGUGACAGUUCCAUGGCUCACAUCAUUGUACCAGACUCAGGAAGCCCUGAGCAAGGCCCAGAACCGUCCCCAAGGCUCAGCCAAACAGAACAGGGUGCCACACCCCCCAUUGAGGCUGCACUCCUGGACUUUCCUCGAGAACAAGGAGCUUUUGAGACCACAGUGGAGAGUAGGCCUCAGCCUGCAGACGUCCUCCGUGUCUGCAAGACCCAGGUAGCCAAGCUGGAGCUGUGGCUGCACCGAGCCAACGUGGCGUUUGAGCCGGAAACUUUAGACACAGACAUGCAGCAGGUGGUGGAAGAGGAGCUGGCUGGGUGCCAGGCUAUGCUGACAGAGAUUGAACACAAGGUCAUCUCUCUGUUAGAGACUUGCAAAGACCAGGGCCUGGGAGACUGCGGGGCCACUCAGCAUGAGGCCGAAGCCCUUUCCUGGAAACUCAAGACUGUGAAGUACAACUUGGAAAAGGUCCAGAUGAUGCUUCAGGAGAAGUACAGUGAGGACCAGCAUCCCUCCACUCUUAAACAGUCAGAGCCCCAUGCCAUCGUCCAUCCAGCUAGCCUUUCUGAGCUUGAAUCCGUCGUAACUGAAAGACCACAGUUCAGCAGACAGAAGGACGUUCCCCAGCCACAGAUUCUGGAGUUAAAACCAUUGGAGCAGAAAGAUUUCAUCAGGUUCACGGAGCUGAACGCUAAGAAAACAUGGCUGCCGUGUCGCCAAGAGGAUGAAGAUGCAGAUCAGCGAUCAGCUUCCAGCAAGGUCCCCAGUCCUGGAAAUGCAGCUUCAGACUCAGCCUCGCCACCUCGGGGCCAGAGUGGUGACAAAUGGCAGUAUCUUCACCAUGAACUAACAUCAAGACCAAAUCCCCCUGCGCCUCAGCUGGUGGAGCCUCAGGUGGCCGUAACUAUGAGUACUCUGCCCAGUGUCAGCAUGUAUAACUUUAGAUGUCCUACAGCUGACGAACUGCAAGCUUACAUCACCCAACUUGAAGAGCUACGUCAAGAAGCAAACACUAUUCAGGCACAGGGAAGUAUGACAGAAGAAACAUACAUCAAUUUGGAUAAAAGAUUAUUUGAACUCUUUCUGAGCCUCAGUCGGUGCCUGGGCAGCGUGGAGGAGCUGCUGCAGAGGCCUGGACUGCUCAGAGAGGAUGCAUCUGCCCAGCAGGUGUUCUUCCAGAAACUGGCUCUUGAGCUGAAGAAGCUUUAUUUAGCUCUGGACGACAAGAAGGAGGAUCUUCUGAAAGCUGUGACUUGGCCUGGCAAGGAUGCCACGUUGCUACCAGAGUGUAUUGAUGCUCUGAAAGUCAGCCUGGAGUGUUCGCAGAGCAGCGCAGCCUGGAGGAGCUCAUCCCUGAAGGCGGGCCUUGACCACAGCCGAAGCUACCAGAGUGAAAUAAAGCGAUUAUACAACCAACUCAUCAAGAAGAAGACGGCUUUACAACAGUCUUUGAAUGAAAUCAGUGGGCAAAGUAUUGGCAAACAGCUUCAGAAAGCAGAUAUGCAUACAGCAGAGCUGCAGAACUCCGAGAGGCAAGUCGCCAAACUAAGAAGCGAAGGGGAGAGGCUCCGUUUCCCUCAUGUCUUACUCCAGGAUGUUUACAAGUUAGAGGAUGUUCUUGACAGUAUGUGGGGAAUCCUGAGGGCCAGAUACUUAGAACUCAGCAGCCGCUUCUUCUCCAAGAGCCAGCAGGCCUUGCUUCAAGGCAUGGCAGAGCUAGUCAGAAUCGGAAAAGAAAAGCUUGCGACUGACCCCUUACAACAUGCCAGGAGUAAGGCUGCUUUAAAAGCUCAAUUACAAGAUCACAAGGGAUUUUUCCAGAAGCUUGUGGCUGACAUGUUGUUGAUUCAAACCUAUUCGGCAACAAUGUUUCCUCCCUCAUUACAAAAGGGAGAGGGAUUUGGAGCAGAGCAAGUGGCGGAAGUGAGAGCCCUGGAGGAAGAGGCCUGCCUGCGCGGUGCCCAGCUUCAGAGCAUGCUACAGAAAUGGGAAGAAUUUGAUGAAAGCUAUGUAUCUCUUGAGAAGGACCUGGAAGUUCUUGUCUCUUCGCUGCCCUCUGUGAGUUUGGUGGAAGAGACGGAGGAAAGAUUGCUGGAAAGGAUUUCAUUUUACCAGCAAAUAAAAAGAAACCUUGAUGGAAAGCAUGCUCGGCUUUGCCAAACCUUGAAUGAAGGCAAACAGCUGGCAGCAUCUGUGAGCUGUCCUGAGCCAGAGGGCCAGAUCACGAAGCUGGAGGAGCAGUGGCUGUCCCUCAACAAGAGAAUCGACCAGGAGCUCCACCGACUGCAAACCCUGCUUAAGCAUCUUCUCAGUUACAGCAGAGAUUCAGACGAGCUAACCCGGUGGCUGGAGGCUUCUCAGCAAACGUUGAAUUACUGGAAAGAACAAUCCCUCAACGUGUCCCAGGACCUGAAUACGAUCAGAAGCAACAUAGACAGAUUUUUUAAAUUUUCCAAGGAAGUUGAUGAGAAGUCCUCCCUGAAGUCCGCAGUCAUGAGUACCGGCAACCGACUUCUCCACCUGAAAGAGGCAGACACGGCCACACUGAGAGCCUCUUUAGCACAAUUUGAACAGAAGUGGACAGUGCUCAUAACUCAGCUUCCAGACAUUCAAGAGAAACUUCACCAGCUUCAGAUGGAGAAAUUGCCGUCCCGAGAAGCAAUCUCGGAGACGAUCAGCUGGAUGAAGGCUGUGGAGCCUCAGGCAGUGGGUGAGGUUGCUGAGCUCUCGCUGAGUUCUGUAGCUCAGGUGAAACAUCUUCUGCAGAAGCUCAAGGCGUUCAGAAUGGAAAUGGACUACAAGCAGUGGGUAGUUGACUUUGUUAACCAGUCCCUGCUUCAGCUAAGCACCUGUGACGUAGAGAGCAAGCGCUAUGAAAGGACGGAGUUUGCAGAGCACCUGGGCGAGAUGAAUCGCCAGUGGCAGCGAGUGCAUGGAACCCUGAAUAGAAAGAUACAACAUUUGGAACAACUUUUGGAAAGUAUCACUGAGAACGAAAACAAAAUACAGAAUUUGAACAGCUGGUUGGAGGCGCAGGAAGAAAGGCUAAAGAUGCUACAAAAACCCGAAAGUGCCGUCUCCAUGGAGAAGCUGCUCCUGGACUGCCAGGAUAUAGAAAAUCAGCUUGCCAUGAAAUCUAAAGCUCUGGAUGAGGUGAGACAAAGUUCCCUGACAAUGGAUGGGGGAGACAUGCCAUUGUUAGAAGACAUGGUGUCUGGAAUUGAUGAGCUGCUUGAAAAGAAGAAGAAUGUGACCAGCCAGGUCCACCAGCUCAGAGCCUCUGUGCAGUCAGUGCUGCAGGAGUGGAAGGCCUGUGACAAGCUCUAUGAUGAGGCCAGCAUGAAGACAACCCAACUCACAUAUUCCAUGGAGCACAGCAAGCCUGCGGUUUUAUCACUGCAGGCCUUGGACUGCCAGGUGCAGAACCUUGAGGCCCUUCAGGAUGAAGCUGAGAAUGGGGAACAGAGCUGGGAGAAACUGCAGGAGGUCAUUGGCCGACUCAAAGAUUCCUGCCCCUCCAUCGCUGGCAUAAUCGAAGAGAAAUGCCAGGAUGCUCAUUCGAGGUGGACUCAGGCGAACCAAGACCUGGCAGACCAGUUGCAGGAAGCCCGCGGUCAGCUGCAGCUCUGGAAGGCUCCUCACAACGCUCAUGCAGAAGCAGCAUCCUGGCUGCAACAGCAGGAAGCAAAGUUCGAACAGCUUGCCAACACCAAUAUGUCUGCAAACAACCUGGCAGACAUCUUGCCACGGGCCCUGAAGGACAUAAAGGGGCUGCGGCGUGACCUGAGGAAGACCAAGGAGGCCUUCCUUGAAAAUUCUACCCUCUCGGAUCAGCUGCCACAGCCCGCAGAGCGCAGCACCCCUGGGCUCCACUCUGGACAAUGGCACUCCCUCCAGACAGCUGCGUAUUUAGAAAAGAUGCUGCUGGUGAAAUCAAAUGAAUUUGAGAUGGUUCUGGCACACUUUAAGGAUUUUGCCGACCGGCUGGCAUAUUCAAAAGAUCGCAUUAUGCACGAGGAAGAAAAUUUGAAUAAACUUUACCAUGAAGAGAAAGAAGAAGUUCCUGACUUGUUCCUGAACCAUGUGCUGGCACUGACAGCCCAGUCACCUGACAUUGAACGUUUGAAUGAAGAGAGCCUCAGGCUCCCCCUCAGUGACAUAACAAUAAAAACAUUACAAAAUGUGAACCGGCAGUGGAUCCGGGCUACGGCCACAGCACUGGACCACUACAGCAAACUUCAGGGAAAUGGGCUGAAUGAAAAGUUCCUUCAUUACUGUGAAAAGUGGAUCCAAGUUCUGGAGAAGAUACAAGAAUCACUUGCAGUGGAUGUCGCCCACAGCCUCCCUGCUCUCCUGGAGCAACAGAAAACCUAUGAGAUAUUAGAAGCAGAAGUCUCUAUAAACCAGACAGUUGCUGAUGCUUUCGUGGCUCAGUCCUUACAACUCCUGGACACAGCAGAACUAGAGAAGAGACCAGAAUUUGUCUCAGACUUCUCAACACUGUCAGACCAAUGGCAGAGGGCUGCCCGGGGUGUUCAGCAGAGGAAAUGUGACAUCGGUAGGCUGGUGACACAGUGGCGGUUCUUUACCACCUCUGUGGAGGACUUGCUCCGGUUCCUCACUGAUACUGGCCACCUGCUGUCUGCAGUAAAGGAACAGCACUGUUACAGUCUUUGCCAAACCAGGCGCCUGAUCCACGAACUGAAGAGCAAAGAGAUCCACAUUCAGAGGUGGCGAACAACCUAUGAACUGGCCUUGGAAGCUGGGGAAAAGUUGCGGGACACACCCAACCCGGAAACUAGAGAAUUCAUCCACAGGCAAACCAGCAGGCUUCAGGACACCUGGAAGGACACUGAGCUCAGGCUGGGACAGAUGAUCAGCCGGCUUCAGACCACUGCAGAGACCUGGGACCAGUGUAAAAAGAAAAUCAAGAAGCUGAAAAAAAGGCUGCAAGUUCUCAAAGCACAAAGCAGAGAUCCCCUUCCUGAACUUCACGAGGCUCUCCAUGAAGAAAAGGAGCUGAUUAAGGAAGUAGAGAAGUCCCUGGCUAACUGUACGCACAACUUAAAAGAACUUCAAACUAUGAAGGCUGACUUGAGCCAGCACAUCCUGCCGGAGGACGUGACGGUUCUGAAGAAGCAGAUCGAGCUUUUGCACAGACAAUGGGAGGACCUCUGUCUGAGAGUGGCUAUCCGCAAGCAGGAGAUUGAAGACAGGCUCAAUUCAUGGAUCGUGUUCAAUGAAAAAAAUAAAGAACUGUGUGCUUGGCUGGUCCAGAUGGAAAACAAAGUUCUACAGACAGCGGAUGUCAGCAUUGAAGAAAUGAUUGAAAAGUUACAGAAGGACUGUAUGGAAGAAAUCAGCUUGUUCACAGAAAACAAGCUCCAGCUGAAGCAGAUGGGCGACCAGCUGAUCAAGGCCAGCGGCAAGGCCAAGGCGGCCGAGAUGGAGGAGAAGCUCAGCAAGAUCAACGACCGCUGGCAGCAUCUUUUCGACGUCAUCGGAUCAAGGGUGAAGAAGCUGAAGGAGACAUUCGCUUUCAUUCAGCAGCUGGACAAAAACAUGAGCAACCUUCGCACCUGGCUGGCUCGAAUCGAGUCUGAGCUCUCCAAACCCGUUGUCUACGACGUCUGUGAUAACCAGGAGAUCCAGAAGAGGCUUGCCGAGCAGCAGGAUCUGCAGCGAGAUAUCGAACAACACAGUGCGGGAGUGGAGUCUGUGUUCAAUAUCUGUGACGUCCUACUGCACGACUCUGACGCCUGUGCCAAUGAGACGGAGUGUGACUCGAUCCAGCAGACCACCAGGAGCCUGGACAGGCGCUGGAGGAACAUCUGUGCCAUGUCAAUGGAGCGGCGCAUGAAAAUCGAGGAGACCUGGCGGCUGUGGCAGAAGUUUUUAGAUGACUAUUCCCGCUUCGAGGACUGGCUCAAGUCUGCCGAGAAGACAGCGGCCUGCCCAAAUUCCUCCGAGGUGUUGUAUACAAACGCCAAAGAGGAGCUGAAGCGGUUUGAGGCCUUUCAGCGACAGAUUCAUGAAAGACUGACACAGCUAGAGCUCAUCAACAAACAGUACCGGCGGCUGGCUCGAGAGAACCGCACCGACACAGCCAGCAAGCUGAAACAGAUGGUGCAUGAGGGUAACCAGCGUUGGGACAAUCUGCAGAAGCGGGUCACAGCCAUCCUACGGAGACUCAGGUACUUCACCAACCAGAGGGAAGAAUUUGAGGGCACCAGGGAAAGCAUUCUGGUUUGGCUCACAGAAAUGGACCUGCAGCUGACCAACGUAGAGCACUUCUCAGAGAGUGACGCUGAAGAUAAGAUGCGCCAACUGAACGGCUUCCAACAGGAGAUCACACUGAACACCAACAAGAUCGACCAGCUCAUCGUGUUUGGGGAGCAGCUCAUUCAGAAGAGUGAGCCCCUGGACGCCGUCCUGAUCGAGGACGAGCUGGAGGAACUGCAUCGCUACUGUCAGGAGGUGUUCGGCAGAGUGUCUCGCUUCCACCGCCGCCUGACCUCCCACACCCCAGGCUUAGAUGAUGAGAAGGAGGCAUCUGAGAAUGAGCCGGACAUAGAAGACCCAAGGGAGAUCCCGGCUGACUCCUGGUGUAAGAGGAGAGAGAGCGAGGAGCCCACAUCUUCCCAGUCACUGUGUCACCUUGUGCCACCAGCUCUGGGACAUGAGCGGUCUGGCUGUGAGACCCCCGUCAGUGUGGACUCUAUCCCCCUGGAGUGGGACCACACAGGUGAUGUGGGGGGAUCAUCUUCUCACGAAGACGACGAGGAGGGCCCAUUCUACAGCGCACUGUCAGAUGUAGAAAUCCCUGAAAAUCCUGAGGCUUAUCUUAAAAUGACCACAAAAUCUUUGAAAGCAUCUUCUGGUAAAUCCAUUUCUGAGGGCCACCCGUGGCAUGUUCCCGACACCCCUUCCCAUUCCAAACAUCACUACAAACACAUGGACGGUGACAGGACUGUGGCACCGAUCCCCGCAGAUGCCAGCACGCCUUACAAACCAGCCUAUGUAAAGCUGCUAUUAGGUCAAGAUGACAGCAAAGAAGGCUCAAGAGGCUCAAAGGACAGCGCCCAGCAGGAAGAUGAGCAGCUGGCCACUUUAACGGGACAGCAGCCAGGUGCCUUCGACACGUGGGAGCUGAUUCAAGCGCAGGAGCUUCACAGCAAGCUCAGAUUAAAGCAGAACGUGCAGCAGCUCAAUUCUGAUAUCGGCAGCAUCACUGCCUGGCUCGAAAAGACUGGAGCAGAGCUGGAAGCUCUGAGGUUGGCAGAGCCUCCCUCCGAUAUCCAGGAAAUGGCACUCAGGGUGAAGAGGCUGCAAGAGAUAUUAAAAGCCUUCGAUACCUACAAGGCUUUAAUGGUCUCUGUCCAUGUGAGCCACAAGGAAUAUCUGCCAAGCCAGAGCCCCGAAUCCACAGAACUCCAAAAUAGGCUCCAUCAGCUGAGCGUGUCCUGGGACGAGGUCCAGGGUGUGAUGGACAGCUGGCGAGCAGACUUACGACAGUCACUCAUGCAGUGCCAGGACUUUCACCAACUGAGUCAAGACUUGCUCCUGUGGCUAGCGAGUGCAGAGAGCCGAAGGCAGAAGGCACAUGUCAACAGCCCAGAGGCCGACCGCCAGGUCCUCCUGGAGUGUCAGAAAGAGCUAAUGCAACUGGAAAAGGAGUUGAUAGACCGUCAGCCUCAAGUCAACUCCCUGCAGGAGAUUUCCUCCAGCCUUCUGGUUAAGGGGCACGGAGAAGACUACAUUGAGGCCGAAGAGAAGGUCCAUGUAAUCGAGAAGAAACUCCAACAGCUGCGAGAGCAAGUGGCUCAAGAUCUGAUGUCCUUGCAGGGAAGCCUGAAUCCAGACGAUUCUUUGACCAGCUUUGAUGAAGUGGACUCAGGCAAACAGCUUCCAGCAGCCUUGGCAAAGCAGUUUGGAGCGGAAGAGGAAGAGGAAGAGGAGGCAGACAGCAGGAUGCCCCACCUCGACAGUCACGGCAGCUCACAGCCAAGGCGCUCCUUCCUCUCGAGGGUGAUCAGGGCAGCCCUACCAUUGCAGCUGCUGCUCCUGCUGCUGCUGCUCCUGGCCUGCCUUCUGCCUGCCUCUGAAAAUGACUACAGCUGCACCCAGGCCAACAACUUCGCCCGCUCCUUCUACCCCAUGCUGCGGUACACCAACGGGCCGCCUCCCACCUAGAGGGUUCUGCCUGCUGUGGUGCCGUGCUGACAGCCUGUCAGCCACAGGUGCUCAGCUCGUGGUAUCAGACCAAUCCGGGAGUGACUUUUAGCCAGGGAUUUGCUGCGGACACCUCCCUCCUCUUGUCCAAGUGGACUCUGGGAGCCCAGGACAACUCAGACAAGAUGUCCUUCUGCUGGGACAGAGAAUCAAGUACAGCAGGACCUGGCAUUCAGAUAAAGUUACUAGAUGGGUUCAGAGAACUCUGGAAGAGCCGCACAGUCUGGAAAACACUGUUAUAGCACAGCUCAUAAGGCCCAUGAACAACAGUGCUUGGCACAUAAAUGAACUUCAUCCAAGGAUCUAGUAGGUCCCUACCUUAGUAAUGGUUCGGAAAUUUCUGUGCACUGAGCUGAUUGGUUGAUUCAAAUACAUUUUAAAUAUUUAGAAUCAGUUUUCCUCCAAUCAGCUAAUAGUCUGUACUUCCCAGGUUAUAAGCCAAAAUCUCCCAUUCAGUACCCAGGUCAGCUCUUUUACAUUGCUUUAAAAAUUUCUUAAAAAAAAAAAAAAAUUUUUCUAAAGAAAUUUUAUUGCAUGGAUGUCGUUACUUGUGCAUAUUUUUUAACAACACUGAAUCUGUAUGUAUAAUGUAAACUUUGAUUUUAAAAAACAAAGAUUUUAGCCUGAGCUUUUGACUAAUGUACAGUAAAUGCCAAUCUACAGUCUUGAUAGGGAUGUUUUUAUAAUUUAAUUUUUUAAGACUUUUCAUGUUUAAAGAGACACUUCAGGUCUGGUUGAGCUGUUUGGCCACCAGGGGGUUGGUAAAGCAACUUGGAACUAUUUGUGAUAUGUACAACUCAGAUGUUUCUCAUUAAAAAAAAAAAAAAAAA